UCAGUUUAGAACCGACCGAGGCUACCCGUGUACACCGCCAAGAUGCAGCGAUUAAUUUUCGCGUUGUUCGUCGUCCUGUCGAUACUGUCAUCGUUUACGUCCGCCAGUAAACUGAUCUGCAACCGGCCACACGAGUUCUACGAUUGUGGAUCCGCGUGCCAGACCACUUGUGCGACUCUAAACCAGCCGUGCCCUAUUAUAAAUAUUAGGUGCAACGACGACUGUUACUGCAAGAAAGGCUACGCGAGAGACUGCAGAGAUGUGUGCAUCCCCAUUUCUAAGUGUCCUGGUAAAGGAUGCAGGCCGAGAAAGCCCUGCGAAGGAUAAUCGCAGCAGUGAACGAUCGAUUCGUCGAGAUGGUUAACCAUAUAACAGCUUGAGGAUCUUUUCUCGUCAGUCUUAAGAAAAUACAGAUAACACUGUACGCCUGA